UUGGAGAGCAUGACAAAGGACGAGCUAGCAUCCAAGUGGCAUGAACAGGACUUGUAUGUGGAGUGUCUAGAGGCCCAGGCGGCAGCCCAGGAAGGUACUGAGAUCACAUGAGUGAGACCACCUUACUCACCACAUUUCUUAAACGAAUUUAUGAAUGCCAGAACACAACGGUCUCUUGUAUGAGACAAGACUCUUAUAGGGACAUUAAGAUUAGGGACCAAGCGUUUUAUUACCAAAGUGUUUAGGUUAAUAAUAAUUCUAAGUUUUUUUAUAAGUCUUAAGAUUGAAAAAUCUUGAAAUAAGUAAAAUAACAUGAUAACAGGUGAAACCCUUAAAACCUUUUUUUUAUGACAUUGAUAAGCGAACUGCAAUUGUAGCAAAUUGAUGUAUCAAUAGAAGUAUUGAAUGGAUCUAUUUAGCAAUAGAUUUUUUAGAUACAGGCUAGUGAUAUAGUAAUAUUGUAAUAAUUUCGAAAACUACAUUUGUGAUGUGUAGUGCGGGUAAUUAAAUUAACACCAAUAUGUACAGUGUUUGAAAUCUUUUCGGUGAGCAGAAGUGAUGUGACGGUCAUAUAUGCCACAUAUUCAAGAGAAUCUAUGAUAUAUUAUGCAAUAUAAUUCUAUCAUCCUGUGUUAUGUUGCCCUACUCUUGAUACUGAGAAUCACUUAAUGCUUAAAGCAAAGUGCAUAUUGAAAGAAACAAGUGAUAUUGUGUGACAAGAAGAGAUGACAAGGUUCCUUGAAUGUGUUCGCUAUGAAUCAUUUCUUUCACUGUAAAAACACACACAGCUUACUUCUAAUAUGAGCUUGUAAGUGACUGUGCAGUGUGCCACGUAUCAUUCUACAGUGUGGUAAAUCGCACUGCCAGAAGCAAAACAGUGCGUGUGUGUUUGUGUGUACAUUGGAUAUCAAGUUUCUGCUUUGUGAGGAUUGAAUGAAAUACAACAUCCUUGCUGGCUCUGAAUAUACAGCUUAGAAGAGUAAAAUCAGGGGCCCUAUGUCAUCCUUUGGCCCACAAAACACUGUGCCAGGGGUGCGUGACCUAAGUCUUGGUGAAGUACGAAAACCUUUAAUUGAUGCAGUUACAAUCUGAAAUUCCAGCUGCUUUACCCAAUCCUAAUCAUUCUGAUCCUGGUCUACAUAUCUUUAAUAUUACUUUAUAUUUAGAUAUGUCUGAUAAAACUCAAUAACUUUUAAUUAUGUUCCUAGACAUCCAUCCCUGUUUAUUCCCAUUAUGAACACAAUUCAUGCAUGCAUUUGUACCUGCACCAUAAUUUCCCGAUGUCCAAAUACCCGGUCUGAAAAAUACAAACCCGAUCGAAUAAGGCCAGGAGGUCAUCUUGUGACAGCAUCUGUGUCAGCAACAAGUAGUCUGUCUAUUCUCAUGGAAGAAAAAUAACGUCUACUCUUGGUCUCGGUGGAAGCACAGAGAAUCUCACAAAUGGCACGAUGCAACAACUUCAAAUUCAAAGUGAGCUAGCAUCAUUGAGAGAAUCCGAAAAUAAAUAUAGGCAGCAACAUGCAGAAGCAUCUCACAGAGAGAAGAUAUUAGUGAGAAGACUUGCUUCUAAAGAACAAGAAUUACAAGAAUAUAUUAAUCAGAUUGCCGAAAUGAAAGCUGCUCAUGCCCCGUCCACUGCCGCAUUAAGAUCAGCUUUGUUAGAUCCAGCUGUUAAUAUUUUAAUACAAAAAUUAAGACAGGAGCUGGUCACUACUAAAGCCAAGUUAGAAGACACACAAAAUGAACUUAGCGCGUGGAAGUUUACACCAGACAGUAAUACCGGUAAGAGACUAAUGGCGAAAUGUAGAUUGUUAUACCAAGAAAAUGAAGAACUAGGUCGUAUGAUCGCUAGUGGACGAAUUGCUAAAUUAGAAGGAGAUCUCGCACUUCAAAGAAGUUUUAGCGAGGAAAUGAAGAAAUCGCAAUCAGAAUUAGAUGAAUUUUUGCAAGACCUGGACGAGGAUGUAGAAGGAAUGCAGAGCACAAUUUAUUUCUUACAGCAGGAACUGCGUAAAGCUCGCGAGUCGGUUACGUUAUUACAACAAGAGAAUGCAGCAUUGAAAGCAAAUUCGAAUGAAAAUAAUUUAACAAACGGCUUAUCUCCUCACACACCGCCAAUUAAAAAAGAGGAGUCAGAGGAGAACUCAAUUUCGGAAACAAAGACUUCGAAAUCAAUGGAAGAUAGUGAUAUGUGCAAAGGUGCUAGGACUCCACCGUUAUCGUCGCAACGAUCACCGCAGUGCGAGUUCUCAAAUACCGAAAGAACAGAACGGAAACCUAAUCAAGCAGAUCAUAACGAUGAAAGCUCAAGUGAUUCGGCUGCUUUGAUUAUAAAAGUUGAAAAUGAGGAAUUAAGUGAUAGGGAAGAAGAACACGAGGAAAAUCGAAAUAAUAAAAGGAUAUUAAGGAGUAAAAGUCAUAAUAGAAGUAACAGUAAAACUAAUGGGGAAGAGGUGCUAACUAGAACAACGAGGGGUAGGGAUAGGACCAAAAGGGACAAAAGUGCACCGGGUAGUGAUGAUGAAAGGACACACAAGAAAAAAAGAAGAGAGAGCAUCCUUUCUCUCGAUUACAACGAAGCCGACGAUGAUGCGUUAGUUCUAACCAAUGGUGAGACACUUCAAAGCGAUCCAGAAUAAAAAUUUUUAUCAUGAUUUUAUACACAUAACACGUGUUACAUAUAAAACAGGCUUAGCGUGACUUUAGUACACGCAAUAAAAAUGAAUUUUCUAUUUUUGAUUAUUUAAAAAUUGUAAUAUGGAAACGCUUAUAGUAAACUUUGUUUCGAAUAAUUUUCCAUCAUUUUUGAUGAUACGUAUUUGUAUAUAGGUCUCUGAUUUAAAUGUCUAUAAGUCACGUUAAUGCCAAGAAAAGUACGUUUAAUUUCCUAUGAUUAUAUGUACACAAAAUUACGUGGCGUUGGAAUAAAGGGGUAAAUAGUUAAAACUAUUUCUUUUGCAAUUGAAUCGUAAUAAAAUUUUUAACAAGUAUUAAUUAUUGUAAAAUAAAAUGUUUCAAUGUUUUUAAACGGCUUCUCGUGAAUUCGUUAAAAUAUUGAAACUAAACACAUUUUAUUAGAUCUUUGAAGCAGUUGCAAAGAAUAUAAACAAUAAAAUAAUAAUAAUUAGGGCUAUGCCUUUUCUAUUAUGUAAAUACACAAAUGUUAAUAUUUGGUACACGACGACGCACAUACGUAGAUUUAUACACGGUUAUGUGCGCAAUGAUUUGUAUGUAUGUAUUGUUUUUCGAUUGUGAGACACGCGCGUUGACAUUCGUUAUUAAUGCAUAAAAUGUGCUUUUAAUUGUGUAUAAUAAAAUAAGAUCUAUUUGUUAGAUUUAUUAAGAUACCUGUAAAUUGUACGAAAUACAAAAGGACAUUACUUUCAGUAAAA